AUGCAAUUCAACUGAGCCGGGAAGAAGAGGCGCCAGUGUUCAGUCGUGUUUUGACGAGGCAAACUUGUUUUGAACUUGAGUUUUGCAACGAGGCAUCAAGCAAACACCCACCUUUGCAAGCUGCAACCCAUGUGUCAAGCUGGGCUCGAGAAAGAAAUUCAUUGUGACUUGCAUGUAAGAGGUGUUUUCUUUGGAUAGAAGGGCCAACGAAACAUCCCUCGAGCCAUGAGCCUCUCCAAACCACGCAGAUGCCGGGCAGCAUUCACCGUUCUGCUUCCGCGCCGAAGACGCGCUCGGGCAGUUUGGGCUCCAUUGCCUUCACCACAUCAGGUUUGGGCGCACUCCUGCGUGAGCAAGCAAAAACUUGAACAUGCCUUGCAGAACCCAGAGGUGACAGCUAUCGAGGUGGACGUGGCUAUGGGAUACUUCACAGGAAAUCCUGGUAAGAAGAUGCCUGUCAUGACUCAUCCACCUCUUCUCACCUCAGAUCUCACCUUUGAGGAUUUCCUGGACAAGUUGAUCGAAGACAAGCGGCGGCAUGUGAAGUUCGACUUCAAGGAUUUGGAAUCCGUAGAGCGCUGCCUGCCUGUGUUGGCAGAGCGAAGCAGUGAACUGGCGCGCAACGGGCAAGCCGUUUGGCUGAAUGCGGAUGUGCUGCCUGGACCUGGUUUGAGGCGCUGGAGUUGUGCUGUUCCAGCAGAGGAGUUCUUGAGCAAAGCCGAGGAGUACUGCCCAGGUGCUCACUUGAGCCUUGGGUGGAAAGCCAACCCCGUGGGAUUAGAGGCGUACAACGAAGCUGAUUGCAAGGCGAUGGCGCAGAUCUGUAGACAUCAUGCCAAGCAGAAUGUGGUCUUUGCAGUUGCGGCGCGCGCAGCAGCCCGGGAUUUCCAACCCUUGGCAGAUCUCUUGGCGCAGAUACCAGGAAGCCAGCUGCUCUUUUGGACUGGUGCUUGGGAGCCCCCUUUGCUGAACACGACCCUUGUGAAGCUCCAAGAAAGCUUGGCGAACCAUGGCUUGUUGCAACGAUGUGGUUUCGACUGCCGCGUUCUGGAUUCGUAUUUCUCUUGCUUGGGUCCGAUGCUUUCAGCUAUUACAGAAGCCGGCAAUGCAUUGUUCCAUGUUGUGGCAAAAACCAUGUUUGCCUUCCAGUGAUGCGAAGAAAAAGACUAUGGCCGCAUCGUUAACCAUUUUUUCGGAGCACGGUGACUCGUGCUCGAAUUUGUUUGUGCAUGUGCAUGUGCCGUCGGAUCCUGUUUUGCGCCGUACUGUCGCACAUUUUGGUGAAGCGCGUGGUGACCUGGUGCCA